CCUCCGCGCAGGGGAGGCCUGGCCGCGGCCUGGCUCUCAGCACGGUGCUGGGGCGAGCUGUGCGGGGCCUGGGGCCCGUCCUCAGAGCUGUGCGGGAUCUGGGGCCCGUCCCCAGAGCUGUGCGGGGCCUGGUGCCCGUCCGCAGAGCUGUGCGGGGCCUGGGGCCCGGCCCCAGAGCUAUGGGGUGGUGCGGGGUCUGGUGUCUCUCUCCAGGGGUCUCAGGGCAGCCGUUUCCCAGCGGCAGUGAGGAGGAAGGCAGUUUUAAGGCAAUACAGCUGUGAUGCACAUCUGUUUGAUGAAGAAGGUGUUGCAUUUUCAUAGUCACUUUGCAAAAUUAGCUGGAUUGAAAAGUAAGAAAAAAUAUGACAGAAGAAGCAAGUGCAGAUGAUUUUCAAGUUCAGAAUUUUCUCAAGAAGAAGAAAAAGAGAAAACGCAAAGAAUACAAUAAGAAACAUGAAAAUGAUGAAGGAGAAAGUAUAGAAAAUGCAGAGCCUAGCCGUGCUUCUCCACUGCUGUUUGAAGAUCGAGCAGCACAGAAUGGUGAAAGUUGUAAAAAGAAGAAAAAAAAACACAAGGAGAAGAUGCAACAGUCUUUGUUAGAUAAUUCUUGUGUAGGACUGGAAUGUGAAAUCAGUAACGAAACUGGAGUGGAUGUCUCCCAAAAGAAAAAAAAAAAGAAAAAAAAGAAGCGAAAGUAUAAUGAUAGUACAGAUGAUCACAAUGAUGUAAGUUGUGUGGUAUUAAAUCACCAUCCUGUUGAUCGUUGCCAGCAGAUCAAUGCUGAUUACGUUUAUUUAAAACAACCUGCUAAGAAGAAAAAAAAAGAAAAAUUGCCUGAAGGGGAUGAGGUAUGUGAGCUGCCCAUCUCAGAAGCAGGUGAUCAAAAUGACAAUAAAAAACCAAAAAAGAAGAGGAGGAAGAAGAAGAAAAGAAGCAGUAGUACCCAAGAUACGCAGGACAACACAGAUGUGACUGUUGAGCAGUCGCUGUUGACAAGUGCUGAGCGAAACAGGCAAGGGGAAGACACAGUCUUGGCUACAGAAGAGGGUGCUGUGGCAACGCCUCAGCCAUGGCAGGAAGAUGGUGACUGUGAUGCUGCUUCUCUCAUGAGCGAAGAUUCUUUGGAUGUACCUGCUAAUUUUUCAAAGCAGACUAAAGCGGAUGAUCGAUCUCAAAAAACUCCAUCGCAUGCUCGGAAGACAGUAAAAAGCAGUGCCUUCGUCAUGGAAGACAGCUCUUCAGAAUCUGAUGUAAUGACACCAGAACCCUUGGGAUCAAAUAGAAAGAAGGACCCAAAUAGUUCCGAUACUGAAAUGGCAGCCUCUGAUAAGCUUAGCGUGAAUGAUGAAGAGUUUAUAAACUCCACCAUGUGUUCAGUUGUGGAUUUGGAUGUUGCAAAACAAGAAUUGGAAGAGUUUAUUCCUCAUGUGAGGAAUAUAUCAGACAGUUCAAUCAGGAAGAUGGCAGGAAGAGACCUAGUGAGGUUUAAGCAGUUUAAAAAACAAGGUAUCGCGGUCAAGUUUGGCAGAUUUUCCCAGAAGGAAAAUAAUCAAAUCCGGAAAAAUAUUGAAGAGUUCUUAUUGAUUACUGGAAUAGACAGUGCUGAGAAACUCCUCUUUACCUCAAGGUAUCCAGAAGAUAAAGAAACUAUCAAACGCCUAAAAGCAGAACAUCAUUUUUGUGAAAAAAUUUCUGAGGGCAUACCACGACCCUGGAGGCUGAUAUAUUAUCGAGCAAGAAAGAUGUUUGACCCAAAUAAUUAUAAAGGGAGGUAUAGUAAGGAAGAAAAAGAAAAAUUAAAGAAGUAUCAUGCUCUGCAUGGGAAUGAUUGGAAGAAGAUCUCCGAGUUGAUGUCCCGUUCUAACCUCUCAGUUGCUAUGAAAUACUCUGAAAUCAAGUCAGCUGCUAAUUAUGGUCCUUGGUCAAAAGAAGAGACCCAGAAGUUAAUGCAUGCAGUGGAGGAGGUGAUUAGGAAAAGAAUGGAAAAGGAAGAUGCAGAUUCUCUUUCAUCAUCGGAAAAGUCACAUAGAGAGGUCUCAAUUGACCGGGAGACGCUGUACCAGAAAUUACCGUGGACUGAGAUUGAAGCUAAAGUGGGAACUCGAUAUUGGAGACAAUGCAAACAGAAAUGGACUGCAAUUUUGACAAACAAGAUGACCAAAGGGCAGCAGGUGUAUAGGGGGACCAAAGGAUUACAGGCCAAGAUCAGUCUUAUUAAAAGGUUGUAUGAAAUGAAAGUGGAGGAUGCUAAUGAAGUAAACUGGGAAGAACUCAGUCAUAUCAUUGGAGAUGUCCCUAAAGCCUAUGUUCAAGCAAAAUUUUAUAAGCUAAAAGUCUCCUGUGUUCCUUUGUGGCAAAAAAAGACUUUUUCUGAAAUUAUUGAUUAUCUUUUUGAAGAGAAACUUCCAGAACUUGAAGAACAGUUAGAAAAAAGGAAGGGGAAAUGCCUUAGUUCUGACAAUUCAACAGCUGGUCAACAGCAAAAGGCUUUCCGACUUGGUGACAUUUUUGACUCCAGUGAAGACAGUGAUUAAUGGGUUGUCUUAAAAACAAUUCCACAUCUGCAUAUUUAACGACAAAAGGGAUCUGGUUAAAAGUAGGUGCAGAUCAACAGGUACACAGGUUAUCUAAUAAUGGGAAAAUUAAAGACAAUGCAUGUCUGAUUUUCGUGUUUCAUGUUGAAGACUGAGGUAAACACAGUUCUUGUGCUACCUUUUAUUACCUUUGGUUUUGGAAGUCUUUUUUAAGCAUCCAGGUUGCUCUCUGAAUGUCUCAAAAAUAGCAUUUCCACUGCCUUUUUUUCUAUUGAGUUGGAAGGUGCUGUUCACCUGCUGUGCAUGGCCUUGUUUUUCAGAACUUCAAUGAAUUUUAAACCAUUUUAAAAAAUGACAGCUUUCAAUUUACUUUUAAAUAUCUAUAAUAAACAAAUACGAAGACAUCUGUGUUGAUGGAAACAGCACAAUGUUGAGUUUGGUUUUUUUAACAGAGAUCAUCUUAAAAGCAACUGAUUUUUAUUUUUGAUGUAGACUUGUACUUUUAUCAGCACUUCCAGAGAAGAGGGGUUUUGGUCCAUUACUGUUCCUAAAAUGUAAUGUUAUUUCAUGCCAACUAGAACAAUGCAUUUAAAAUGUUUUUGUUAAUAUUUGGAAUACAAAGACAAAAUGAACAAUGUAUAUAUAUACAUACAUAUAUAUUUUUAUUGUGCCAAGGAGAAUUUCUACCUUUUUAUAAGAAAGUUGAGGGGUAAGAUGGAGGUUGUACUUAUGUUGCUGUAUGAUAUUUGACUAUCUGCCUAGAGUCAUUAUUUGUAAAUUGACCGAUGAAUGUGUUAAAAUAAAUAAUAAAUUUUACUGUGCGUUUAAAGUA